AUGUCUUUCACUCUUGAAGCUCCUUUGGCCUAUAAGAUCCUCGAUAACUACUUUGAAAACGUUUCCUACGUUAAGGGUGUCGAAGCCUCCGAAGCUGAUAAGUCUGUUUUCAAUGCCUUGACUGAAGGUCCCUCUGCUGAGGCCUACCCUCACUUGGCCAGAUGGUAUGCUCACAUUGCUGCUGUCCAAGGUUUGAUCACCAAGGAAGCCGCUGCUGCCCCCGCUGCCGCUGCCGCUGCUGAGGAAGAUGAAGAUGAUAUUGAUCUCUUUGGUUCCGAUGACGAGGAAGUUGAUGAGGAAGCCGAGAAGAUCAAGGCUCAACGUAUUGCUGAAUAUAACGCCAAGAAGGCUAACAAGCCCAAGACCAUUGCUAAGACCACUGUUACUCUUGAAGUUAAGCCUUGGGAUGAUGAGACCAACAUGGAGGAAUUGACCGCUGCUGUCAGAGCUAUUGCCAUGGACGGUCUCCUCUGGGGUGGUUCUCAACUCGUUGCCAUUGGUUACGGUAUCAAGAAGCUCCAAAUCAACUGUGUUGUUGAGGAUGAUAAGGUUAUGAUGGAUGAUUUGUGUGAUGCUAUCACUGAUUUGGAAGACUACGUUCAAUCCGUUGAUGUUGCUGCUAUGCAAAAGAUCUAA